AUGGUUGCUGAACCAAACCUCUACCUCCAGCCACUAUGUCAACUCACCGGUGAGCAAUUUCAAGACGAUCCAUUUGGAGAAUUCCAGCAAAACUCAAUCUCCAUCAACUCCGGCACCAGAAAUAAUCUUAGAUUUGUUCUUCGAUUUCUGAAUGUCCAAUACGCAUUAUCUCAUUGUAGUUUUCGGACGACGUUCCAACUCUCAGGCUGCCCCUUUUGUUCACACUUCACAGGAUCCGCCACAGCCAAAAGCAGACAAAGAAACAUAACUAUGAUUUCAAAUCAAUUAAUACAUGUUAGAUUUCUUUACCUUCCCUUCUUAAGUUGCUGGCAUCUACUGUUAGUAUACUCCCGAAGUAUUACAAAUUUUGAUCAACCCUUGCUAGACUGCUCCAUCACCAUCACCAUUCUUCAAUAA